AUGGGCCUGGACUCUAGGAACGUUUUUGGUACUCAACAUGGAAAUCAAAGCAGGCAGAACUCUGUCUCCAGAAGUUCUUUGGAUAACAUCGGCAAAGUCUGUGGAGAUUUGUCCCAAAGCGUUACAGCAAGCAUACUGUACUCUUGGGUGUUGAUCUUGCAAAGAUGGGAGAAUAAGGUCCAGAAUCUUUGGAAUCUCGCUGAUCAACACUUCUCUGCAACCUUCAGCGGCAGAAGAAAGUGCCAUCAACGAAGCUUGUCUCUCAUGCCAGUCCUGAGAUUGGAUCAUUUGAGGCAGGUAUUGGAAAAGAGGCCCGGCCAGAGAUUGUCCACCAAGCUUGAGAGCGGCUCUGUCCAAAGAUUGUCUUGCAGCAUUGUACUCUUCCUCAUCGUCAACGUCGUCGAUCUCGUCAGAAUUGUUCCACUCGGCUGA